CGGGCGGGGCUGGCACGGCCCGGCCCACUGCGGCACGGGGGGCGGAGCGCGAAGGUUGAGAAGCGGGGGAGCCUUGAAGGGGUCUACGAUCCACAAAACACAAUCGGGUGAUUCGUUCUGAGGAUACCGGGAACCCGCGGGAGUGCUCAGCCUCCUCCCGUCCGCUGCCGUCCCUCCAGCCGCCUCGCAGCUGCCAGGGAUCCCGAUUCCAGAGGCCUUUCCCUCCCCAAGGCAUCGGCUACCUUCCCCUGAGUGAGUGCCCGAGAAACUGAAUACUACCUCCAAAUGGCUGGGUCAGGUAGAGGAAGAGGACGUGCUUCGUUUACCUUCAACAUUGAGGCUAUUGGAUUUGGUAACGGUGCAGCUCUACCUGAUGUCAUCUGUAAGCCUCCACCACCAUUUCCAAGUACAGACAAUAAGCCAGUGCCUCUGAAAACAGGAGAAGAUGAAGACUACAUGUUGGCCUUAAAACAAGAUCUUAGAGGCACUAUGAAAAGAAUGCCGUACUUUUUGACAGUAGAAGAAGAACGUCAAGCAAUUGAGAGGUACAGUCAAAAGCACCAGGACAGUGAAAACGAGCAGAAAACAUGGAUUCCAGAUUGGAGAAGACUCCCAAGAGAGAUGAAACCAAAGAAGACAACCAAAAAAGGUGCAAAACCAAAAAAGGCAAAAAACUUUGAGCCUAAAAGUAAUCUGGAUGUGAUAAAAAAAAUUGAGGAGUUGGAAAAGAAGGAUGAUAAAGAAGAAAAAUCUGAAGAUGAGAAAGACAAAACAAAAGACAAAGAAGGUGAAGAUGAUGAAGAAGCAGAAGAACCAGAUGAAUAUGAUGAAGAGGAACAUGAAGAGGAAAAUGACUACAUUUCCUCCUAUUUUGACGAUGGAGAUGACUUUGGUGCUGGCAGUGAUGACAAUAUGGAUGAAGCAACAUACUAACUGUGGUUGCUAGGUGCUACGCUGCUCAAGCCUUACACUAUUUGAAGUAGAAUUCUGGAGGUAGGCUGAAUAUCAACAGACCUAAUGCUUUAGCUCCAUUGGUUUUAAGCAGACUCUCCAAAACCACAUUGGAGUUUAAUUGUAUUAUGCUGUAAAAGAGGAUAUGAGAUCCUUUGUUUUGUUCUUUU